AUGGUGCCUAUGUCGACGACUACUACCUCUCCUCCAACGCCACCGUCAGUAACCACCGUUGGCAGUUCGCAAACUCUUCAAACCGAGGAACGGGAGUAUCUCCCCGACGUUGACCAUGCCGUCUUCAAGCUCUUCCGCAUCAUCAAGAGGGUCGAGGGAAAAGCUCAGCAGUACGAGUGCAAAUUCUGCAACAUCUUCACUGGUGCUGCCAUCCGAUGCGCGCAACACUUCAGUUCGUGGAAGGGGAUGAAACGCCGUGAAGUGGCGCUUUGCAAGGAUGCGCCGCAAGAUGUGUGUCUGGCCAUGCGCGCAAACUACGAGGCAAAGGCUGCUGCGGCCGAAGAAAAGAGGCGGGCAGCAGCUGAAGUGGUUGCCGCGGUGAAGGCUAACGGUGGGAAGCGGGCGCGCAUCACCGAUUACCUUGAGGGGGAUGCGGCUGCAAGAAAGAGAGAAGCGGACAAGUCACUUGCGCUUGCUUGGGCCGCCCUCCACAUCCCCAAGCGCCACAUUGACCAUCCUCUGAUGGUCAAUGCAUUGAACAACGUCUCACGCGCCGGCGGGGACUACGUCUCUCCCAAGAGGAAAUACAUCGGCGGUGCUGGCCUUCUCUCGUGUUGCAACGGAAUCGAGCAGGGUUUGGUGGGCACUAAGGCGAGCUGGAAGAGGACGAGCAUGGCGGUUUCAUCCGACAGGAUGACGGACCGCAACAACAGGCCGCAGGCCAACGUGCUUCUCGUGAACGAUUCCGGCGCCGUCUUCACCGACUGUAUUGACUGCAACAUGGAGAGGAAAACCGGAGGUUAUGUGGCGGGGAUUCUUAGGCCCGUGGUGGAGGAAGUGGGUCCAGAGAACGUUGUUGCGUUCUGCAUGGACGGGGGGUCGAACUAUGUGGUGGCGGUGAAGCAACUUAUACGGGAGUGGCCGCACACUCAGGAUGUGCCGUGCGCCACUCACGUAUUGGACCUUCUCAUGGAAGAUUGGAAGGAGUGGGCGGUAGGGGACAGGAAGAAAUCAUGCGAUGGGUUCAGUGCGCUGAUCCAUGAUGCCGCCUGGUGGAAGACGGCCGAAUUCUUCGUCGCCCUGCUGAAGCUGCCCUACAAGGCGAUGAGGCAUACGGACGGGCAUGCCGUGGGGAUGAUAGGGAGGAUGUACGAUUUGAUGCUGCAGUUGACCGAGGACGUGGGGGACUUGCUCGAUGCGGACGAGGAGCAGCUGAGCAUUGGGGACAAGGACCAGAUCCGCCGCAUCCUCAGAGACCGCUGGGACGGCAGCCUUGCAUGCGCUAUGCAUGUCGCUGGCCGCAUCCUCAACCCCGCCAAUCAGGAGGAAGAUAUUUUCGGCACUGAUCCCGAGUGCACGAGAGUAUUCAAGGCGUUCAUCAGCCAGCAAGCCGAGUUCCUUGAGAGCCGCGGGGAUGGAGGGGAUGACGCGUGCGACAUCUUGCUUGAGCUGGGGGACACGCUGAGGGCGUUCCUUGACAUGAAGGGUUCUUUUGGAAUGCCAAAAGCCGUGGCAGAGGAAGCUGGUGAAAGAGGAAAAGUAUAG